AUGCUAGCCGCUACAACUCGCAAUACCCUUAGACAGUCGCUAAAACUGCAAUGCGGUACCGCCGCCAGAUUCUACACGGAUGGGUCCACGGGCUCUCCAAGAGGUGAGAGUGCCGAUGACGCUUUCUCCAAGAGAGAGCGUGCUCAAGAAGACUACUACGUUAGAAAACACGAAAAGGAACUGCUAGCACAACUAAAACAAAAGGUUUCGGAGCAGCAGAAGAAAAUCGACCACUUGGAGGGAAAAUUGGAAGGGAAAAAGUAA